AUGGCUAAGAAGGGAGGCGAAAACACUAAGAAAGCCGCAGGAAAUGCUAAAAAGGCCGAAAAUGCCAACAAAAAGAAGCAAGCGCAAGAAGCUUUAUUAGAAUCUCAAGAAGCUGCUGAAUGGGACCAAGGUUCCAAAAAGGCAAAUAAGAAAAAGGAAGACGACAAAUUUAAAAAGGAAGAAGCAGCUCGUAAGAAAGCAGAAAGAGAAGCCUUAUUAAAAGCGGAAGAGGCAUCAUUACCUGCCAAACCACUUUCUGCUAAGCAAAGAGGUGCUGCUAAGGUUGCGUCAAGAAGAACAGGUAAAAUCGAUGAUUUCUUGAAUGACAACAAAGACACUCCAGAAUUGAGUGCCAGUGGUAUUGAUGAUGCUUUAUCUGCGUUGGCAUUGACUGGUAGAGAUGGUGGUGUUCAAAGUAAGGAUAUCGAUAAGCACCCAGAAAGAAGAGUCAAGGCUGCAUACGCUGCCUUCGAAGAAAGAAGACUUCCAGAGAUGAGAAAAGAGGAGCCAGGUUUAAGAUUACAACAGAUGAAGAACUUGAUCUUCAAGGAAUUCCAAAAGUCUCCAGAAAAUCCUAUGAACCAAGACACUAACAUCAGAUACAACGCAACAAAAGACGAAAUCGAUCAAUUGAAAACAGAGGUCAAGACUAAGAGAGAGAAGAAGUUUACAUAG